AUGGGCUCGACGCAAUUUGGGAAGUUCCACCUUUUCGUUGACAAGAACCAACCCCCUAAUGAUGCCUUCGGCGGUUGUCCGCUCACGGGUAUUACGCUUAGUGGUAAUCGAAAUCUGGGAAAUCUAGGCUCUAUCUUACUUGCCUUCAUUGCCAUCCUAACAUCGUUUUUGCUGCUAUGGAGAUCUGAGCGAAAACAGGCAGCAGUGGGAAGAAGAGAGAUACAGCUGUUCUUGCUCGGCUUCAUUGUUAUCGAAAUCUGCGAAAUCUUUAGCGUUGGUGCUUUCCCUCUCGACGCAGCGGUCCGGAAAGGAUUUUCUGCAGCGCACAUCGCCGCGAUCACCGCUACAUGUUGGGUGCUAUUGUUGAACGCCUUGGUGGGCUACCAAUUUCUCGAUGAUGGCACGCCUGCGUCGCUCGGUCUCAUCUCAGUGUCCGCUUUGGUAUUCUUCAUUGGCACGGGCUAUAUUGCUCUGGAUACGGGAUUCAACUGGACCGGCGAGUUCAAGCCUGACCCGUCAACCGAGUACCGAAACAUUGCUCUCUAUGUGCUCUACCAACUUUUCCCACUCGUUUGUCUGGUGGUAUUCUUCGUUUUGGAGGCCGUGUUGGUGAUCCGGAUACUAGGCGAGUCCCGCCCAAUGCUUUACUUAUCUGGUGCUGGCUUGCUCUUUGCUAUCGGUCAGAUUUUCGAAUAUGUCAUCAGCACCCACCUCUGUCAGGCCACGAACGGGAAAAUCAACGGUGCAUUGUUCGAGACUCUGUUCACCCUCCUAUCAGUAGUUAUGAUAUGGGUCUUUUGGACCAGUAUCACCGAAGACGACUGGCCCAUGCCAACGGGACCACCCGGCGGAUACAACUAGACGAUUCAUCUACUUGUUCGUUCAACUACUUCAGACCGAGCUUUCGUCUUUCCUUGACCCAUAUUACUCUACAGCGAUCCUUGCCCGACUAUAGUAUUAAAAUUAGCUCACGAUCCUUACCUCCAAAUAUUCGGUGCCUAUACUCAUUUCCUGAACUCCUGUUUUUGAUGCUCUUGACAGAGUCUCACAGAGAGACCUGUUAUGAUACCAUGCUGAUACUCUGUUCUAUAUUUUUAUGCUUCAUGAUAUUGUUUGACGUGCCUCGGCGUGAGUAUGCUUGUCUACGAUCUUACUGCUUCUUUCAUGAUGUGGAUGUGAUCUGCUUAUCUUCAAAAGCAUCUGGUCACUGUUGGUGUAUUCCCUUUAUCGUUAGAUACCUAUUUGCUUGUAAUUAGUGCAUGCCUUACGCUACAUAAUUGAUCCUUCACCUUCAAAUCAUUAUACGUGUGUGCCUCUUGUGUUGUGGCCCGUUCGAGGCUAAACUGCAUCACGACCGCUUCAUCAUCAACUCGACGCGCUCCUUCAAGUGCUCCCU